AUGGAGCGCAUCCGAGAGAGACGCAGAGCAGCCGAAGCUAAACAAUCACGCCAGGUCGACACUUCAAAUCUUUCUGUCGGGUUCAUGUCCAAAUCCCAACGUGCUUCAAAUAUGCCGAGUUAUCCUGGUCUUGAUCGUUGGCGAUUGCUGGAAAAGAUUGGAGAUGGUGCUUUCAGCUGCGUUUAUCGUGCAAGCGACACAAAAUCCGAGUUCAGUGAAGUCGCGAUUAAGGUCACGAAGAAAUAUGAAAUGAAAGAGGAGCAGAAACACAAAUUACAGAAGGAAGUUGAUAUUACGCGGAAACUCGAUCAUGAAAAUGUGGUUCGACUUAUUGACUCUUUUGAAUCGAUUCAAUAUCAUUAUAUGCUCUUGGAGCUGUGCCCCGGGGGCGAAUUAUACGAUCAAAUUGUCAAGUUUGCGUCCUUAAGUGAGCAAAUGGCCCGACAUGUUAUAAGGCAAGUUGCAAAUGCUGUGGCGUAUCUUCAUGAUACUAUGGGAGUUGUUCACAGAGACAUCAAACCGGAAAACGUUCUCUUUUAUCCUAACUCCUCAACACCACGCGAAGAAUCAAAAACCACUCGGCCAGGCGAUGAAGAAGAAGCAGUUGCUAUUGCUGAAGUUGGGUCUAGCGAUAUUGGCGUGGUCAAGCUCGCCGAUUUCGGUCUAUCCAAGGUGAUAUGCGACGUCCCGGCCGCGACACCCUGCGGGACCAUGAGCUACGCUGCACCCGAGCUAUUUAGGCAACACAAAUAUACAACCAGUGUCGAUAUGUGGGCUCUCGGUUGUCUCCUUUUCACCAUGUUGGCUGGAUUUCCUCCUUUCUACCACGAAGAUCUUGACAUCAUGAGGCGCCAGAUCAUGCAAGGGGAGUAUACAUUUGCGUCACCAAAGUGGGACAGCAUUUCGGACAGCGCAAAGGAUCUUGUUUCUCGUCUUUUGACUAUUAAACCAGAAGAGCGGUCAACUAUCAAGGAGUGCCUUGAGCACCCUUGGAUGCAGGAAGAUUCUGAAGAAAGAACACCUACCCGUGACGUUUUCACGCCCAAUACUGAACGCCUCCGUGCUUCCACAGGGAAUACUCCGGUUCCCGAAAACUUCCAACCCAUUGCAGAUAAUGAGACCGAGCACUCUGUUCCCGAGACCCCCAAUAUCCGGGAUAUCUUUAAUGUUGCGCUGUCCGUGCACAAAGAACACCACCAAUCGCAGCAACAACAAAAACCAAAUGGCGGUGGAGAUAUCCGGAAAGCUGCAGAUAAAUUCAAGAAACCGAAUUCUACACUUUCUAACCUUAGUAUGAACAACAGCAAAUUGCUUGAAAAGAGGAGAACACGAGCCUGUGAUGGCCAGUCGAUACCAAGCCGUUAA